GUCGAAGUCGUGGCUGCUAAUCAUCUCUCUGGUCCUCUUCUCCACUUUCUCUUUUCUUCGACAUUUCAAUUCCAGAGCUACAGCUGCGGAGCUCCACUUGCUACACAAGUCUUCCCAAAUCUCCUUUUGAAUCCCAAAGCCCGGGCUUCUCUUCCCGCUCAAUGCUGUAUUCUCCUCUGUUUCGUCACCACCAACUUCCCCAAACCACUCCACUUUUAUAUCAACCACUAUCCCCACUUCCUAUAAUCCAAUCCAAAACCUCCUCUUCCUACCACUUCCCACCCCGCCCUUUUCUUCCUGCGUUUAUCACAAAAACUCCAUAUGGACGUCCAAAUUCUUCUCUUUGUUCUUCGAGUUUGAACUCUUCAGCUCGCCCUUUGACAGACGGAGAUGAUUUUGAUGUUGAAUUGGGCCGCCUUUUGGCAUUAUUGCCGGAACAAAUGCGGCGGAGGGUUAGCGAGCACCCGGAGCUUCAUCAGUUGAUUGAAGUGGUUAUGGAUUUAGGUCGGAAGCCUCUUGCUCGGUUUCCAUCUGGAGACUUUGUUUUAUCGGAUUCCCCGAUCACGGCUGAGGAUCUUGAACAUGCCACGUCUCAGGUUGGUGACUUUGUGGUCGACAAUCGAGCAGGCAUUAGCAGGACAUUACACCGCAUUAGUGCCAUAAGGAAUAGAAAAGGUGCAAUUAUUGGUUUAACUUGUCGAGUUGGUCGGGCAAUAUCUGGUAGUGCUAAUUUGCUGCGAGAUUUGGUGCAAGAUGGGGCUUCCUUGUUGCUCAUAGGACCUCCAGGUGUGGGAAAAACUACAAUUAUUCGGGAAAUAGCCCGAAUGCUUGCAAAUGAUUACAAGAAACGUGUUAUGAUUGUUGACACCUCCAAUGAGAUAGGUGGGGAUGGUGAUAUACCCCAUGCAGGAAUAGGGAAUGCACGUCGGAUGCAAGUCCCCAACUCUGAAGUGCAGCAUAAGGUACUGAUAGAAGCAGUUGAAAAUCAUAUGCCACAAGUGAUUGUGAUAGAUGAAAUUGGAACAAAACUUGAAGCAAUGGCUGCAAGCACUAUAGCGCAACGUGGUAUUCAGCUAGUUGCUACUGCUCAUGGAGUAACAAUUGAGAACUUGAUAAUGAAUCCAGCAUUAGAGAUGCUUAUUGGAGGAAUACAGAGUGUGACACUAGGUGAUGAAGAGGCCAGUCGAAGAGGUGUCCAGAAAACAGUUUUGGAAAGGAAAGGACCUUCAACAUUUAGUUGUGGGGUGGAGAUAAUUUCAAAGACUGAGUUGCGAGUUUAUCGUAGCCUAGAGUCAACAGUGGAUGCCAUUCUCUCCGGUCGUUUUCCAAAUGUUGAAGUUCGCAAGAUGAGUUCUCAGGAAAUGAAAGAAACCAUAGAAAGGGAACUUCUUAUUAGCACUUCCUCUGAUGAGGAAAAUGAGAUUGUGGUUGAAUUGACUCCAGGGAUAACCAAUGAUACUUUCACUUCUGAGGUCCCUGCAAAGAUAGGAGAGGAGUGUUGGGAAGAAAGGGUUCCCCUUCACCUAUUUGUUUAUGGGAUCCUUGAGGCGAGCGUGAUUCAAGUGAUAAAACAGUUGAAAAUAACUGAUGCUGCCAUUCUGUUAACUGAUAAUAUCAGUGAGGCAGAUGCAAUACUUGCCAUGCAAUCAAAACUCAAGAAGAAUUCCAGGAUUCAAGCUGCUGCUAAAUCUCAUUGCAUACCCAUUCAUGUGACUAAGACAAGCUCGUUGGAUCAAAUAACAAAGGCAAUAAGGGCAUUAAUGAGUGAUAUUAAAGAUGGUCUGAAGGAUUCUGAACCAGUAGACGGGAUGAAAUCAUCUGAGAAGCUUGAUGCCUUGGAGGAGGCAAGGAUAGCCAUUGAGCAGGUAGUCAUUCCAAAAGGGGAACCUGUGGAGCUACUGCCAAGGCCAUCCAAUAUAAUGUCUCUGCAGAUGGAACUUAUUCGAAAGUACCAACUGGAAGCAGAGAAAAUUGGAACAGAGUCAGAUAGACGCCUCCGCAUCCUUCCCUUCCAUAAGGGAAAAACCAGUGAUACAGAUGGUGCUCAUGGAGGAUUUGAUGACUUUGUCGGUGCUGAUGGCAACAUAAAUGGUUCAUUCUACAGCGUGGACAGAUUACCUUUAUUGCCUGAUUAAAAUGUUGUGUAUAUAUACUGGGCUUUGCUCCCUAUCAACAUUGUAAUUUUUAUAGCAGCCUUACGAGCUCCCAUUGCAGGGUCGUCGCAACUCAUUUGAUUUUGCAGUUGAUGGUGGCUUGACUUACAAUUUUUUUUUUUUAGGCAUUGCCAUAUCAGAACUCAAAGGCAUUUCUGAAGAAUUACCACCACAAGUACAUUGGUGCUGAUUGAAAUAUUUAUCUUCCAUUUUCAUGUU